AUGGACGAUCCCCACUGCAGCCAGGUGGGACAGGCCGGCAGAGCCACUUGCUACGGCAGCCUGAGCGAGGAGGCCAUUGACACCCCCCAGCCCGGCAGCUCAGCCCUGGACCAGAAGAGCACAGCCAAUGUCUUCAGUGAUGGCUCUACACAGAUAGGAGAACACCCAGCCCCACAAGACCACCAAGUCCCACAGGAGAGGGACACGCAGGAUGGGGACAGCUCUGGGAUCUGCUGCUAUUCCCACCCAUGGGGUGGGUACGAGCUCCCUUUCCUCACCACAGACUUUGUCCUGGUGUGGGAAACUCUUCCUUGGGAGCUGAGUGGGCAGCAAGACAGCCAUGAGAACAGGGGCUUGCAGGAAGGAUCUGCCACCAUCCACAAGACCUGGCGGAAGAAGUUUCUGGACAAUCUUCAUGCUGCAGGGAUCCACAUGGAGAAGCACACAGCCUGCAUGGAGAAGAAGGUGGUGCAUUACCUGCUGCUGAGCACGCCCUGGAGUGUGCUCUGCUACUACGCCGAGGAGCUGCGGCUCCGUGUGCCGCUGCAGGCACUGCCCAGACAGACCUCCAACUGGUCAGCCAGUGUGCUGCAGAAGCUGGGCAUCCCCAACCUGAUGGCCCAGGAGGUUCCCAACCUGCCACUGGACUACUACACCUGCCCCUUCAAGGCCAACAAGCUGUGCUGGUUCCUGGGGAGCAAUCAGCAGGACACCUUCUUCUCCAUGACCCAGCGGCACCAAAUUCUCCACGAGAUCCUGGCCACGACACAGUAUGGCCACUCUAGGGAGCGGGAGGUGGGGGUGGACCAGCUGCUGAGCAAGAACGUCUUCACUGCUGCCUUCCCACUGCACGAGGGCCCCUACAAACUGCAGCUGGAGGAGCUGGCUGCCGGCAGCCUCAGCCAGCGCCAGGUCCUCUUCCAGUACUGGGACAGCUGGGGGAAAUGGAGCAAGUACCAGCCGCUGGAUCACAUCUGCAAGUACUUUGGGGAGAAGGUGGCUUUCUACUUUGCCUGGCUGGGAUUCUAUACGGGAUGGCUCUUGCCUGCCGCGGUGGUGGGAAUGGUGGUGUUCAUCACAGGCAUUUUCCUGAUGUUCAGUGACGUGCCUUCGCAGGAGAUCUGUGAGAGUGCAGAGCAAUACUGGAUGUGGGGCUGCAGCAGCAUCUGCCCACCGUCCGACCUGGGGCAGCAGAACAUGCCCACACCCCACUGCUCAUACCCCGCGUGCUCUUUGCAGAUUGCCAUGGUUGUGAUGUUCCUGGUCUCUGUUAUCCUCUACCAGGCAGUGCUCGCCAUCUUCCUCUCCAGCUCGGGGUACUUCUGCUUUGUGGCUUCGGCAUCCCGCAUCGCUAGCAUCACCGGCUCAGUUGUGAACCUCAUCUUCAUCCUCGUACUCUCCAAGAUCUAUAUUUCGCUGGCUCAUUUCCUCACCAAGUGGGAGAUGCACCGCACCCGGACCAAGUACGAGGAUGCCUUCACCUUCAAAGUGUUCAUCUUCCAGUUUGUCACCUUCUACUCCUCUCCCAUUUACGUCGCCUUCUUCAAGGGCAAGUUUGUCGGCUACCCUGGGAACCACAUGAGCUUUCUGGGGGUCCGAAACGAGGAGUGCAUCCCAGGCGGGUGCUUCACUGAGCUGGCACAGGAGCUGCUGGUCAUCAUGGUGGGGAAGCAGAUCAUCAACAACGUGCAGGAGGUGGCCAUCCCGAAGCUGAAGUGCUGGUGGCACAAGCACAAGCUCCUCUCCACCCAGAAGACAAGGAAGGAGGCAGAGCAGCCACCCUGGGUGAUGAACCACCAGCUGCUGGUGUUUGAGGGGCUGUUUGAUGAGUACCUGGAGAUGGUCCUACAGUUUGGCUUCAUCACCAUCUUUGUGGCAGCCUGUCCCCUGGCACCCCUCUUUGCCCUCCUCAACAACUGGGUGGAAAUCCGCCUGGAUGCCCAGAAGUUCAUCUGUGACUACCGGCGGCCAGUGGCCGAGCGAGCACAGGGCAUUGGCAUCUGGUUCUCCAUCCUGGAGGCCAUCGCUCACCUGGCUGUCACCAGCAACGCCUUCCUCAUCGCCUUCACCUCCGAUUUCCUGCCCCGCAUGUACUAUGAGUACGUCCAUGACAGCAGCCUGCGUGGCUAUGUGAACUUCGCCUUAGCGUAUGCGCCGUGGGACUUCGUCCUGCAGAGCAACACCACAUGCAGAUACAGAGCAUUUAGGGACCGAGACAGCAACUUGACCUUGACUUACUGGCAGCUGCUGGCUGUACGCUUGGGCUUCGUCAUCGUGUUCGAGCACGUGGUUUUCUUUAUUGGACGUGUCAUCGCAUGGCUGGUACCUGACAUUCCUGAGUCUGUAGAGGUCAAGGUGAAGCGUGAACAGUACUUGGCCAAGGAGGCCCUGGCUGAGAACAAGGUUCUUUUGGAGAGACAGGAGACAAGAAGCAAGGCCAGUAUCAUGGAUCAAGCUGCAGGCAGGGACUGGGAAACGGAGCAGCUGGCCAGCAGCUGAGCCGCGCAGCAUGCCUGAGGCCCAUGGAUGGUGCUGGGACUGAACAGCUGUCCCCGAAUCCCCCAUAGGCCAGCCUGGAGCCGCAGGGCAGCAGGCAUGGGCCUGCCCUGCCUGCCUGGCACCCGCGGUUUGGGGACGUGGAGAGGGAUGCCGCUGGCUCUGGGUGUUUGUCCAAGUUUGUUGGUAACCACAAGGUAACUCCAGCACCGAGUUAAUGACCAGCACGAAAUGAAGAGGCCAUGCUGAGCUCAUAGAGGGCAGUGCCGGCAGCAGCUGCACAGCGCAGCCACAGCUCUGCUUCCAGGGCAGGGCUGCAGCCUCCUGCUCU